UUUAUUACGACUCCGUUUAUAGAUUUUGGUCAUUGCCUGCCGUGUCUAAUCUAAAAUCGAUUCAUCUUGAAUCUCCUGAAAACGAACAAAAGAGCAAACCUGAGACAAAAGUGGGCGGAAAAAUGGCAGGAAGACUGAGCGGUGUGGCGUCACGGAUCAUGGGCGGAAACGGCGUCGUCGCCCGAUCCGGCGCCUCUUCUCUCCGCCAACGCGCCGGCAUGGGUCUCCCCGUCGGCAAACACAUCGUCCCCGACAAGCCGCUUUCGGUAAACGACGAGCUGAUGUGGGACAACGGGACUGCGUUUCCAGAGCCUUGCAUUGAUCGGAUCGCUGAUACCGUCGGGAAGUAUGAGGCAUUGGGAUGGUUGUGUGGCGGUUUAGGGUUCUUUGCCACUCUUGGUUUGCUCGCUGUUGUCAACGAUAAAGCUUCAAAGGUUCCUUUUACACCACGAGUGUAUCCGUAUGACAACCUGAGAGUGGAGCUUGGAGGAGAGCCAUAGAGACUUACUCAAGUGAUUUGCUCCUCAAACUUAAGCGUGUUUUUUUCUUCACCUGCCUUGCUUCUUUGAGAUGUUAUAAUUUCCUGCUCAGAACUUGGAGACAAGGGAAUAAAAGAUAACUUUUGUUUUUUAUUGUGUGUGUCUCUGUAUUUAACAGUGUGACCUUUUGGGUGUAUUCCUAUGAGAAGUCAUCUGAUUUUACAGCA